AUGCUCUGGGCGGAGGGGAGGAGUGAAUGGACGCCACUAUCUUCGAUUCGAGAGCUGCAUUCUGGGGUCACAAAGAAGGAUCAACCUGAACAAGAAACUGAAGAUGAUUUUGAGAAAUUCCAGAAGGAGGUUAUAGAAGCUGAGUCAGAGGUGGAAGGGCUGAAAGCAAAGGCUGCAGAUGGUGACUUAAGCAAAGAGCAUGUCAUUGAUGAUCCCGAUGAGCGGCCAGCAUCCCCACCAGAUGGUGUGGAAGAAUUUACUGAUGAUGACGGCACCAUCUACAAGUGGGAUCGUACUCUGAGGGCAAUGGUUCCUCAAAGUUUAUCAGCUAACCUGAUUCCUUGUGUACCUUCUCAGAAUGAUGUAUCGGGUGAAAUGGACAACAAUGGAGAGAAUGACAUAUCAUGUAAAAAGGAUGACUAUGAACUUGAAGACAUGACUUUUGCACUCGAGGAAGAAGUAUUUCAACCACCAGAUAUUCCUGGCUCGUCCACAUUGGAUGAAAACCAUGCUUUAACUGAAAAAGAAAACAAAGUGCCAGAGAAGGUAGAUAAAAGACUAGAAAAGAAGCGGAAGUCUGAGAAGCCAACUGAAAAGAAGGAACCUCAGAAACCUCCAGAAAGUUGGUUUGAUCUCAAAGUCAACACACAUGUCUAUGUUACUGGUUUACCUGAAGAUGUCACGGCUGAGGAGAUUGUAGAGGUAUUUUCCAAGUGUGGAAUUAUAAAGGAGGAUCCAGAGACAAGGAAACCCCGAGUGAAGAUCUAUACUGACAAGGAAACAGGCAGGAAAAAGGGUGAUGCACUUGUGACCUAUCUCAAGGAGCCUUCUGUACCUUUAGCAAUUCAAUUAUUGGAUGGAACAUCAUUCCGUCCUGGUGGUAAGACCCUAAUGACUGUUAGCGUGGCCAAAUUUCAGCAGAAAGGUGACGUUUUUUUGGCAAAGAAGGCAGAUAAGCAAAAGAAAAAGAAAGGCAAGAAGGUUGAAGAUAAGAUGCUGGGAUGGGGUGGACAUGAUGAUAAGAAGGUGAUGAUUCCUACUCAGGUGAUUUUGGCGAAUAUGUUCAGUCCUGCUGAAUUGAGAAAUGAUGAAACCCUUCUUCCUGAACUUGAGGUAGAUGUUAGAGAGGAAUGCGUGAAGUUUGGUCCGAUCGACAAUGUCAAGCUUACCACUUUUGUUUACAUGUUGCUGUGGCAGGUUUGCGAAAAUCAUCCACAAGGGGUUGUAUUGGUAAAGUUCAAAGACCGGAAAGAUGGUCUCAAAUGCAUAGAGAAGAUGAAUGGAAGAUGGUUUGGUGGGAAGCAAAUACACGCGAGCGAGGAUGACGGUUCGAUCAAACACGCUCUGAUCCGUGACUACGACGCUGAGAAAAUCAUCACUGCCAAAAUCUCCUCCCCAGCGAAGACCAAGAUGACGCAGAACGUUAUGAUGCCAAUGGACGAGAUUGCAAACAGAGAAAACGCAGCACGCACAAAAGAAAAACAUAAUUGUCUGAGCCCAGGUUCGAACUGGGGGGACCUUUAG